UUGAUAUGCAACUUAACUGUAAUGAGAUUCAUUGGCACCGUCACCUUUGAUUUGGAGAAUAUUUGUAGCUUUUUAACCUUGUCUAUGAUGUUCAUUUCUAAAGCAGCCCUGCUUCACUGACAGACUUGUCCUCCUCUCCCUCUAGUCAAACUUCCUCACAGUUCCAUGUCCCUCCUUCCCCGUCCACUUAUUCCAAAGUGCAAGACUUUGUUCCAGAAACUCAGUCCUUCUAGUAAUCUUUUGCAACCCAGCAGUCCAACUAUGUGAAUUCUCAUAUUUCAACUUUUAUGGCACUUUGGCAGCGUGUCAUUCAUGCAUGGGCCACAUAGGCCUCCAAAAUUCUUAGAAGGCUUUUUCUCCCUGAAAAAUCUGAACCUGUCAUUCAAUUGGGGUCGGUAACAAUUGGUGGUGUUUUCGGAAAUGCAAGUGCAACUUCAAUUGUUGGCAACACUAGGCUCUGCGGCGGUAUUGGUAAACUCCAGCUGCCUAAAUGCAAGUCCAAGAGAGGAGGAUCAUCUCGUAGCUUGAAAUUAAUAAUUCCUUUAGUUUCUGGACAUGCUCUUCUAGGCAUAGCUAUGGUGCUAUCCUAUUUCUUUCUUUGUUCGUCAAGAAAGAACGCGAAAGAAAUUUCGUUGAGCACUUUGGCGAAAUCUAUUUUGCAAGUGUCAUAUAAUACUCUCUCGAAAGCUACUGACGGGUUUUCCUCAACUAAUUUGAUCGGUAGGGGUAGCUUUGGGUCUGUAUAUAAAGGAGUUCUUGCGUAUGAUGAUAUAACUGAUCAACUUGUUGCCGUGAAAGUGUUUAACCUGUCACGCCGUGGAGAAUUUAAAAGUUUCAUAGCUGAAUGUGAGUCAUUGAGAAAUAUCAGGCAUCGAAAUCUCGUGAAGAUUAUAACCGCUUGCUCAAGUGUUGAUUUUCGUGGUAAUGAUUUUAAGGCACUGGUUUAUCAGUUCAUGGACAAUGGGAGUUUAGAGGAGUGGUUGCAUCCAACUACUGGAGAAGAGGUAAGAGGUCAUGCACCCAAGAAUUUGAAUCUUCUUCAGAGGUUAGACAUCGUUAUUCAUGUUGCAUGUGCAUUGGAUUAUCUCCAUAAUCAUUGCGAAACGCCAAUAGUUCAUUGUGAUCUCAAGCCAAGCAAUGUUCUUUUGGACAACGAGUUGAUUGGACAUGUUUCUGAAUUUGGACUAGCAAGAAUUCUCUCACAAAUAUCCAACAAUGAUAUUUCAGCAAAUCAGAUAAGUUCCAUUGGAAUAAGAGGAACGGUUGGUUACGCUGCUCCAGAGUAUGGCUUGGGAAGCGAGGUGUCAAUAAAUGGAGAUGUAUAUAGCUUCGGCAUUCUCGUUUUAGAGAUGUUUACAGGGAAGAGACCAACGGACAACAUGUUUAGUGGAGACUUGAACCUUCAUAAUUUCGUGAAGAUGAGCUUCCCAGACCGAGUUGGAGAGAUUGCAGAAUCAUCAUUUUUUCAAGGAGGCACCGACGAGACUCCCGAUCAAUAUAGGGUGAGAGUCCAAAAACUCUAAGUGUGCUUGGGUUCGAUAUUCAGAAUUGGAAUUGAGUGUUCUGCUGAAUCCCCAACAGAUCGCCUCAAGAAUAUUGGUGAUGUUGUGUCUGAUAUGUAUUCUGUUAGGAACAUUCUUAUGGGCUAGGAACUAUUUUCAUCUUUUUGGGCCUACGAGGCCCCGUGAUUUCUAUUUGUAAUUGAACUCUUUCCGUAUAAAAAUU